AUGGAAGUCACUGUAUGGAGUCGCAAAGCGGCUGCGGACCACGAGGACGUCCGACGCGAGCGGACCGCUGAGCGCGUGCGGCCGCUCGUCGCGUCGUCGAGUUCCGCCGCCGCGAAGAGCUCUGCAUCGGUUUGGGCCAAUCAGACACUGGCAGCGGACGUCAGUGGGCGACGCCGAGCGGUCGCAGAGUCUCUCGUGCGGACGCGCUGCUACUCGGACGGAAAGAUUGCGAAGGCGUUUGGAGAGUUGCGGACGGCUAAAGGUGCACAAGAGGACGAGCAUUGCGCGCGAGUGGCGGACGUUCCUUUUCCUGUGUCGAGAGUUUGUUCGACGUGGAUGUUGCGCCGUGAAGGAGAUCCGACGUCACCGGCGUUUGUCACAACGAGCAGCGACAACAAGACGACGUCUCCACGACAGUCUGCAGACAGUUGUGUACUGCUGAGAUCACCGGCGCCAAACAAGCGGAUUUGCAGCCAUCAGCAGAGUUUGAUACCGAGCACGACGAGCGCGACCAGUCCCUGUACGUCUUCGCUUGUACAAGCGAGAAAGCGCUCUCUAGGGGUGUCUGGUGCAGCCCACUUUGCGAAAUCGACCGACAAGCGCACGUCGGUACCGAUCGCGAUGAGCGUGGAGAGCCAGCGGAAUGCUGUUGACGGGACACUACGCUUGCCGCCGUCGUUGUUCUCGACUCCAGCGAUCGACGAGCUCCUGCCUCAAGGAGACGUACAUGCACAAAAGAGGACAUGCUCGUUCCAGCAGCGUCGCAGUCGGAACCCAGGCAACUUGUCGCUGGACUUAUCGCAGGUGGUCCAGACCGGCUCUGGUCCCUCUACUUCUGCGACCAUGACAUGGACCCGACUGAAUGAUCAGGUCGCGUUGUGCUCCAAAGUCACAGACUUUCUAUACAUUGGGGGCGCCGUUGCUGCCAAGAACAAGUCGCUCUUGCUUCAGAACGGCAUCACCCAUGUCAUUAAUUGCGCCGCCGGCGUGGCCCCAGCGUCGUUUCCAGAGGAGUUCUGCUACUACAACAUACGACUCCGUGACCACUCGUCGCAGGACAUUGCUCGGCACUUUUACAGCAUGUUUGACUUCAUCGAGCGUGCUCGCGCGUGCGGAGGACGUAUCUUUUUGCACUGUGUGAAGGGCAUCUCCCGCUCGCCUACGAUGGCGAUCGCGUACUUGAUGUGGCACAAGCGCAUCAGCAUGUACGAGGCGCUGGACUUUGUUCGACAAGCGCGUUCGAUCGUCGACCCUAACGCUGGUUUCAUCUUUCAGCUGACCGAGUGGGAACAGCUGCAUCCGGAUGGGAGACUCAAGUUUCAGGGUACAAUCGCCUUCCGAGUGGAUGUGGCGCACGCCGUGAACUCGGACCCGACUGGCAAGUGCCAUAGCACAGUGGUGGGGAGCAAUCCGCUCUUUGUACCGCUCAUGGACAUUGACGAGAGGCAUUUUCGCGACCCGACGAAGGACUUUGGGGAGCAGUGUUUGAUCGUGGCGUGUGCCGACUAUAUGUUUGUCUGGUGCGGUACGGACGUCAGUGAGGACCACGUGGACGUUGCUGAGAGCGGUGCAAUAAUUCUGCAGCGGUACGAGGCGUUCCCGUUGAAGUGCGAGAGAGUGCGGCAGGGACAGGAACCGGCAGCUUUCUGGCACCUCGUUGGCGAUGGCGUUUGA